AGAGGGAGGGGAGUGAUCGGACACACCCCCUGCUCUGCUUAUUUGCACCCCUCAGAUCAACUAUCAGAUGACUGCAUUUCCUCAUCAGGGACAGACCGCAGACAAGCCUUUCCGGUCAUUUUCUGUGGUACACUUAGCUCGUCUGUCCGCUCCGAUGACAGACUGAACAAUCCGCUGAUCCGCUGCUGCCAUGAAGAGGAAAGGUCCCACUGCAACUGCACUUUCCAGCUGAAGACAGAGACGCAAAGCUCCAUGACUCUCCACUAGGUCACCGUAUCCACACCUAACAGCAGUGACAGGAUGGGGGGGUCAUUUCACAUUUCCCAUCAUGCCUCUGGAGCGGUGUUCAGAGGAAGGCGCUUCCUCAUAGUUCUUCCUCUGGCUUUAUUGCUGCCAUCAGUCAGAAUCGAUGCACAGUUCCUUGGGACCCCAUUAGACUGCCGGAAGAUGUGUGUUUGCGCCAGUAACAUCAUCAGCUGCUCCAGGAUGAAUCUAACCAAUGUCCCCACUAAGCUUCCUAAAUAUACAGCUGUGUUAGACCUCAGCUUCAACUCCAUCAACAAGCUGCGUGCUGAGUGGGCUCCUGAAAAACUCAGUAAGCUCCAAAAACUUCUGCUCAGCCACAACGGACUCUUUUUCCUCUCCACUGAAGCAUUUGUGCACGUUACACGGCUUCGCUACCUGGACCUGUCAUCCAAUGAUCUCCGCCAGCUGGAUGAGUUCAUCUUUGAGCCCUUAGAGCAUCUUGAAGUGUUGCUGCUUUAUAACAACCACAUUGCCCAGAUUGAUCGUUCGGCGUUCGCAGGCCUCCUGAGCCUGCAGAGGCUCUACAUGAGUCAGAACAACAUCUCACGCUUCCCCUUGGAGCUGGUGAAGGAGCGGAGCCGCCUGGAAACUAUUCAACUGCUGGAUGUGUCCUUCAACCGAAUCAAAUCUCUGCCCCUCCAUGAGUUUAAGGACCUUCCUGCCUGGAUCAAAAAUGGUUUGUACUUCCACAGAAAUCCCCUGCCCUGCAGCUGUGAGCUGUAUGAUAUGGUGGCGCGCUGGAACCUGAAGGAGCUCAGCUCUGUCGUUGACUUCAGGGAUGAACACACCUGUGUGCUACCAGGCCCCCAGAAAGAGAAAAUGUCCAUAAUGGACCUGGACAAGGUCUAUUUGAAUUGCAGUGAAGUCAAAAUUUUGAAUGAAGAGGCCUAUCUGGAGCAGUUCCUGGUCCUGGAUUGUGACACCAGACAGAAGGAUAUGAUGAAGAACUGGGCUUUACCAGGGAACAUCCCAUUGUCCUCAGAAAAAAAGACUGCUGUGAUGAAUACUGAUGGCAGCCUCCAGCUGGGGCCCCUGAAGGUUGAGGACUCUGGGGUCUACACCUGCUAUGCCACCAGUGACUCCUACAAUGAAACGCUAUAUGUGACUGUAAUAGUGUUCAACUCCACCACCAGUGGAGGACUGGAGAAUCUAAAGACGGCCUACACCACCCUCGUAGCAUGUCUGAUCAGCGUAGUAAUGGUCCUCAUCUACCUCUACCUCACACCCUGCCGCUGUUCGUGUUGUCCGGGUCAGGACCUGGAGAAAACCAACCCCGGGGACAGUAUUCACUCUUCAGCCGUCAGUAUCCCUCAUGCACAGGAGGAGAUGGGGCAACAAAGAGGGGGAGUUGGGGGCAAGGACUUUCCCUACAGACAUGUGGCCUUUAUGGAAGCAAAGGAGCAGCUGGAGCAGAACGGGAGGCUGAACCCCAUAGGUGAGGAGGACGAGGAGUGGCAGGGGGACAGCCAAGAGAGACGGAGGUCUGUGGCAGAGUCUGUCAGCUCGGUGUGCUCUGAUACUCCCAUGGUGGUGUGAAAGUGUAAAAGGGUAAGGCGGUGACGGUGCAAUCCAUGACGCUUCCACACUGAGAUUUGUACAUCUGAAUGUAAGCUUCGUUAGCCCUCACAGUCAGUAGCACCUCUGUAGUAACAAAAGCCAAAUCAGUAGAAAUUGGGUUGAAAUCGUUUUUGGCAUGUGAGAUUUCAACUAAUGUUGCAACUGCAGGUUUGAAAAUUGAAUUGAACAAAAAAAUGCAAGAAAGUAGCCAAAAAUGCUAGACUUUAUUUUUUAUCUGUCAAAAUAGAAGAUCACUAUUCUAAAGACUUAAUUACUUUUGACUUUUUCACCAAAUAGCCAUUUAAGUAAAAACAUAAGAAUCUGAAGUGUUGGUUCUUUCUCCCACAAUUAGAAAAUGUUCUUUUUCAGCACAGAAAUAUUGUGAGGCGACAAGCAACAUGAUAACAUUUCGAUGGUAUCUUUCUUCUUAACUGGUUAUGGAGUAUUUUUUGACUUAUUCAGCUUUUUAUGCACUGCAAAUUUUGAAACCUGAAAGAGUUUUAAAGAUUUUGGACGUGACAGAAAAUCUUUAUGCAGAGCUUGCAAAGCUCACUUAAUAAUUACUGCAAGUUUUUCAAUAUUUAUGCUGUAUUUUACAUUCCUGUCAGGUUAGGUUGCACUUUACAGGACAUACCACUGUACGGAAUGCUCUUAUGCAAUUUAUCUGUUUAAAUUAUUUGAAUAUUUGAGUGUUAUUGAAUGCUCAUGUUAUAAUACACUUUUGGAGAAGUGACCUUGUUGGAAUGUUUUCUCCUUUUGAUUUAUCAAAAGCUCGAAACAAGCACCACUAAUUUUCUGUGAUUAGUUGUACUUAAAAAGAAGCCAACCUAUUACUUUAUUGUCUUUAUUUUAUUUCAAAAGAAUCAUAAUUUCUAAAAAAAAAAAAUGUAAAAAUUAAAAAAGAAAGAAAAUUGAGUUAAAAAUAUGUCUAUAAUGAGAAACCAUAAAACAAACACAACCAAACUACACCUAGUGUAGUGGCAAUAAAUGUAUAUUGAUUAAAGUUCAAACGUGUAAUAUUCACAUCACUGAAUCUUAUAUCCAGUUCAGUGUAAAGAGAAGACAUGUUUAUUUGUAACAGCUUAUCCACAUAAAUGCUUUACACAAAGUUUAAAACAUCAAAAUGUGAGAAAAAAAAGUGUUCUUUAAAA